AUGGCAUGGCUGUGGAGUGCGCAGUCUCAACAACUGGCUGCUCCGUCGAUGCAACCGCUGCCGCCGGUGAUGUCACCACCGGCGAUGUAUAUCGACACGAAGCAGACCUAUCUGCAGACAUCGCCUGAGCAGAACUACAUGCUCUCGCCAAGUGUCGCCUAUCCCUCCUGUCAAACGGCAACCUGCGUGAAAGUGGAAUCGCCGGUGUCGAUUCAAAUGACACGAACACCUUCCGGUGGAAGUUUGGGCGACCUGAUGACGUCUACCGUACCCAUCAGUCCCACAACCAAUGGCACCACCACAAAAGAGGAACUGCUGAGAUUACUGGUGAACAUGUCUCCUGGUCAAGUAGAGCGACUCAAAGGGGGAAAUCGCUCGAAUUCUGUAGUGCGAGCUCGUCCAUCGGCAGUAGCGACCAGAGUGCCACGAGAUGAAGUGUGGCAACAAGAUGAUGACUCUGAUGACGAGGACGAGGUAGUGACAGAUGAACCACGACGCAGAGGACCUAAAACUGAGCGUCGAACUGCCCAUAAUCUCAUAGAGAAAAAGUACCGGUGCUCCAUUAAUGAUCGCAUCCAACACCUUAAAACAAUAUUAGCCGGUGACGAUGCCAAGCUCAGUAAAUCGGCCACGUUGCGAAAAGCCAUAGAGCACAUUGGCCGGCUUGAGGCUGAAAAUCAUGAUCUGAGAUUGGAAGUACAACGUCUCACAUCAGUCCUGCACAGCCACAACAUUGAGGUAAUCCCGCCACCGCCGACAAUGCUAAUGGGAUCGCCAACAUUAAGCCCUUCCACUUCGUCAACCAGCAUACAGUCUCCUGGAGCUGCGAAUUCGCCGGGAACAUCACCGACUUUACCCCUGAGAGGCGUCAAGAGGCCGCGAGCUAGUAUGGAGCAGGGGCGGGUGACCAUCUUUGCUAUUAUGUUCGCGAUGCUCAUGUGGAACCCGUUGAGCCUGCUGGCAACCGGGUCAUCGGUAUCAGCCAGUAGCAAUGGUCACCAUGAAGCUCUUCCCACAGGUGGACGAGUCAUCACUGAAAGUGGAGAUCCGUUCGACAACUAUCUCACGCCGGACGAAUGGUGGCAAACUCGCGUGAUUCAACCAUGUUUUGUGUGGUCCGUGAACAUUUUCGUCGUCAUUUGCGUCCUAACUCGGCUUCUUGUCUACGGUGAACCUGUGCAGGAUUUCAAAUCGCGAUCAUGGCGUGUUUUUCUUUCGUUGCGAGCGCGAGCACGUGAAGAGGCAGACGUUGGGAACGUGCGAGAAGCACAACGGCAGUACCUCGAAUGCUUGCAGAUCCUUGAGCGACCCCUUCCAUCAGCUGGCGUGGAACAAGCGCUUUCUGUUGUUUGGCAGAUCAUCCGCCAUACGUUGAAUGGGCUGUGGAUUGGCAGAUGGUUUUCGCGGCGAAAGCGAGACGCUGGAAAGCCUGUCACGGUCGUCUGCAAAAGCCAUGCUCAUACCGCUAUGAUAUACCACAAGAUGCAUCAGCUUCAUCUAUUGGGUGUUGACGAGUCAAGUGAAGGCAUUUCUGGGCUAUAUCUUGCCUUGUCUGCUGUCAAUUUGGCCGAAAGCGCGGGAGCAUCAACAGAUGGCUUGCCAAGGAAUGUACUGGCUGAUAUUUAUAUCGCUGCCGCUAUCAGAGCUCGACUUUGUCUUCCACCAUGUCUCGCCUCGAUUUUCUCCCCAUACUUCUACAAGCGGGCACGGCGACAUGUUCGACGAGCGGACGAGGACACUGUGAACGGCUUGCUCUGGGUAUUCCAUCCACUGUCUCGGGAAUUUCUAUCCGAUGCUGAGACAGUUCGAACCGUGCUGAGUGCCAAGAAGUCUUCCCUGACACCAAUUAUUGCUGGAUCUGAAGGUGACGUGCUUUCACGGCUUCGUGCCGCCUUUAAACUUCGUCUUCUGACCUUGUUGGCAAACGAACUAAGUGGAGAGGACAGUGCUAAAGAGAUUGAUGUUGUCGAUGUUUCUCGCCUUCUUAUCAGCAUCUCUAUGGCGAAUGGUCUUCCGAAGAAAGAGAACAAUUGGGACUGUGCCACGACUCUCACCGAAGGCGACGGAAUGUGCACAUGGUGGACGCAUGUUUUCACAUGCGCACUGUUCUGGAAACAGGGAAUGCGUGAGAAAGCCAAGCAGCAUUACGCUGUGGUCAGGCGAUGCCCACCGGAACUGCUAAACAGCCCUUUGGCGCUUGCACUCGGGCAUGCAUUUUGCUGCCGAAAGUUGUGCAUCGACGAUCGAGACAAUGCGAAUUUCGGCAAAUUUGUUUUCAUUCAUUCUCGUAAAGCACUGGAGCAAUUGCGGACAGCCUGCGCACGUCAGAGUGCAUCAGAAGUCAGCCAACUGCAGGACACACUUCGUCGGUUGGCAUACGAAUGGGUCAUGUCCUCGCUUUUGGACGCAUGGCGUCAAGAUCUCGAGCCGCAGGUUCCGUACUGGUGUCAACAAGCCCAAGCCGAUUAUCGAACGCUCUACCAGGAGGCCUGCAAUCACUACACGCAUCUUCAGCUUCAUGGUGGUGGCGAACGAGGAAGUCGGCUCGCUGCCUACCAGUUGACAUCACGAAUGCUUAACGGCGCCAACCCGCUUCACACUUGGACGGCAGUGUGCCGCAUACGGAAGGAACGCUUCGACGCGGUUAGCGGCAGAGUCACCUAUACUCGAGCCCAACAGCCCGAUCCUUUCCACCUGCAUGUGCUGUGCAAGCUGCACGAUGACAUUCCACGAAUGUGUGAACGAGUGAAGUAG